CACAGGAAUGACCAUUCGCGCGCCCACCGUACUUUACAUCUGCUUCCGGCAUCCGGGAACCCGACGCUCGCUCCUGUCUAUCUCUUCUCUGACUUUCAUCAUCUAUCUGUACGACUUCGACAUAGACUCACGAUGACUUCAACACCUCCUCUGACCCUGACAGCGACCACCACGCCUCCCACAACACCUGCUGCGCGGGUCGAACUUGUCCUCGGUGUCGGCGACUCCAUGCCCGCCGUCUCUACAAGUGAUGACACAGCGUCACCACCUCCAGAGGCACAUGCUGGCCCUUCCACCUUGAGUGUGACAAGCUUUGUGCCCAUCUUGACAGACGGGUCCCAGGUCGAAGCUGGCAGCUUAGAUCUUCUCGCACAACUGGCCAGGAACCUCAGCGACGACUUGCGGUUGACACAAGCGAGCCCCCUCAGGGCGUCCUGGGAAGCGGUCGAAGAUGAAAGUGGAACUUUCUUUAGCACGAGGUCUUUGGAAGCGGAAGGAAGAGUUCUGCUAGAGAGAGGGAGACAAGCAGCGCUUGAAGUGCAAGGCGGGCUCAAGGAGGGUCCCAUCUCGCUGGGCUGGGCCACGAAGGACAUGUUCGAGCGGGUCCAGGAUGACCUCUCGAAAAGCUAUCGCUUGUCAUGGGGCUUCUCCCCAAAUAUGACCACGUCCAUUCGAGACCAGGGGGAGAGUGGUGUGCUCGGACAGGUAUUGUUUUGGGGAGACCCCAGUCCCGAGCAUGCAAUGAUCACCACUUGGUUGCAUCAGAGGGUCGUAAGGCAACUGCGUAAUUAUGAAGUCGAAGCCGGCAGGGACUCCAGCACGGAGAUCACGGUCACCAGAGGCACCGAACGGGCAAGAACAGAUACGACCCUUGUCAAACAGCCGGACGAGUGCUAUCUGGAUGCAGCGGACGUUGUCUUCACUGCUGUCGAGGUAUCAUGGAAGAACGAGAACGUGGCACGGCUUGUCGAUGAGGUACACCGCUGGGCAGAAGCCGACUGCAAUGCCGUUGGUGUCAAGGCCUGGGACUCGGCAGCAGGUGCUUCUAUCCUGGUCGUACUUCGAGCGAGAGAUUCAGAUCAAGUGCAAGUCUAUAGGCAUGGAGCAAAGGCACAGGCAGCUCUGGUCCUUGGCACAGCAAGAAGUGCCGCCCUCGUCAUUGAAAGCCCUGGCCCUGCCGCUGUGAUCCCUGGGGAAUGGUUCUGCAGGUCUGAUGAUGAGGAAAAAUAUGGCGUCCCGCCUCCUCCCGUUGUCUGGUCGUUGUCGGCCCUUGCAGCCUAUAUAGAGCACCUGCAGGCGAACGCGUCAGAACAAGGAGAGGACGAAGAAAGACAACGCAUCCGACGAGAGAGAGCGGCUUCAUUGAAGCAGAGGCAGUGUCGUUUCUUGGAGAUAGAGAUCGACGAUGUUCGGCGCGCCGAAGGAAUCUCCGAGGAGCUGAGGCUGAGGCUACUGGCCGAGAUGGAGAGGAAGCUUGCGGGCAAAAGGAGACAAUUGGCGUUGGAAGCUGGAAGAGGAUAGGCAGCCGACACGGUAGUCUGGGCGGGUUUGGGAUGGGAGAGGGGAGAAAACGUUCGUACUGUAUAUCAUUCAUCACCUUUCCCUGUUCUCCCCCUCGAUGUUCC